UCUAUAAAUCCAUAACAAUGGUUCAAGGUUCUUUCAAGCGUCAAGUCGAAGUUGGCCGUGUUGUCCUCAUCAACCACGGUGCUGAUGCCGGUAAAUUGGCUGUCAUUGUUGAUAUUGUUGACCACAACCGCGCUCUCAUUGAAGGUCCCAUCUGUGGUGUUGCCCGUCAAGCCUUCCCCUUCCGUCGUAUGGUCUUGACUCCUUUGGUCAUCAAGAACCUUCCUCGUAACGUUGGUCAAACUGCCCUCAAGAAGGCUAUGGAAAAGAGCGAUAUCGUUGGUGCUUGGCAAAAGACCGCUUGGGCCAAGAAGAUCGAACAACGCAAGGCUCGUGCUAACUUGACCGAUUUCGACCGCUUCAAGUUGGCCAAGUUGAAGAAUCAACGCCGUUUCGCUGUUGCUUCCGCUGUUAAGGCUGCCAAGAAGCAAUAAAUUUGUUUUUUCUUCGAUGACAUUUAUAUUUUAAACAUUAUCAACAGCCCUCGCAAACCAACCGAAACCCACAAUUUUUUUGUUUGUUGACUUUAUGGAAAAAAAGCAAUGAAUAAAAGAAACAAUGUUAAAUAG